GUUCGUGUGAGAAAUAACCCACAAUUCUCCGGGCCCUACCUUCCUUUUUCCGCCCGGCCGUUUUUCUUGAGGACGGGAAAUAAGUAACCAUGGCCCCCAGUCGGAAUGGUAUGAUUUUGAACCCUCAUUUCCACAAAGACUGGCAAAGGAGGGUGCGCACAUGGUUCAACCAGCCUGCCAGGAAGCUCCGCAGGAGAAAGGCUCGCCAGGCUAAAGCUCGUCGUAUUGCGCCGCGUCCUGUGGCUGGCCCCUUGCGUCCGGCUGUCAGGUGUCCCACCAUCAGAUAUAACAACAGGGUGCGGGCAGGACGGGGUUUCACCCUGGAAGAGCUGAAGGCUGCUGGCAUCCACAAGAAGGUUGCCCGCACCAUUGGGAUUGCUGUUGACCCCCGCCGACGCAACCGGUCCACAGAGUCUCUGCAGGCCAAUGUGCAGAGGCUGAAGGAGUACCGCUCCAAGCUCAUCCUGUUCCCCAGGAAGGCCUCUGCUCCCAGAAAAGGAGACAGCUCUCCUGAGGAACUCAAGAUGGCCACACAGCUCACUGGACCUGUCAUGCCCAUCAAAAAUGUGCACAAGAAGGAGAAAGCCCGGGUGAUCUCAGAGGAUGAGAAGAACUUCAAGGCUUUUGCCAGCCUGCGUAUGGCCCGUGCCAAUGCUCGUCUUUUUGGUAUUCGCGCUAAGAGGGCCAAGGAGGCUGCUGAGCAGGAUGUGGAGAAGAAAAAAUAAAAAUGUUUGCAUUCAACAAUUUCCAAAUAAAAACAACAUUAAAAAGCAAA